CACCACCUUUUUCCUCCCCUCCAUCUUUGAUUCUUUGCUCAAAGCAAAACCAAAGGCAAGAAGAUGGCUCUGGUCGGGGAGGUCGCCACGGUGGCGCAGCUGGUGGGGCUCGACGCCUCCAGCCUCAUCACGAUGAUCGCCGAGGCGGCGCGCACGGUGCGCCGGAACCGCGCCACCUGCCGGCAGCUCGCGCGGCGGGUGGAGAUGAUCGGCGCGCUGCUCCGGCGGCUCCAGGACGCGCAGCCGAUGCGGCAGCCGGAGACGCGGGCGCCCGUGGAGGAGCUCGAGGAGACGCUCCGGCGGGCGUACCUGCUCGUGCGCUCCUGCCAGCGCCGCGGGUACGCGUACCGGUGCUUCAUGGGGGCGCGCCACGCCGACGAGCUCCGCGAGGUGCAGGGUGAGAUCGGCUUCUACCUCCAGCUCUUCCCCCUUGUCAGCUACGUCGACGCCACGCUCAACUGGGUGAGGCUUGUCAACAAGGCCGAUGAAACUUCGUCUUGCCAAGAGGCACCUGUGGUAAGACCAUAUCUCGUGCCGCUCCUGUUACUCUCGUGCGAUGGAUGCUGCUUAGCAUUUGUUCAGGGAGUAUGCCUUGGUAAUUGGUAUAGUACACACACAGUUUGCACCUCCUCUGCUAUUGUUUUCUGUGUUCGUAUCUGUGAAGUUUUCAUGUGUCACUGCAGGAGUCAAAACACAUUACUGACUUAUUCCUAUAUAACCCAACACACUAACAAUGAUCUAGCUAGCACCCUGUUUUUUUCUUUGGGAACAGCUAGCUAGUAUGCAACGGUUGAUCCUCUUUGUCAGAUUUCCUAGCUGUCAGGUCCAGGUGAAAAUGAAUUCAUUGUGUGGAAUAGGUAUGUUGGAAUUUUCUUUUCCUCACGGGAUCAUCAAACAAGAGUUAUUCCUGACCAACUCUCGGGUGUUGUUUUUUAUCGCUCGAGAGUGUUUGGAUGAUCUGUUUGCACCCAUAGCUUACCUUUUGGUUCAUCAGGACUGCAAAGUUCCACAGUCGCUGGCUCUGAUGCCGGCACAAUCGGUCAAGCCCUUGAGCCUUCCACCAUUGAGGAAGGACGAGUAGGGCCAACAUAUCAUUUCCCUGGACAUGUACUUCAAUCUUUCAGCAUAUCUUCAGAUUUUUUGAGACGCAGUAGCAACUAAUUUGAGUGUUGCCAUCUCGUCUGGAAGAGCAACCAAGGAUUACUUGUCAUCUUGAACUGUCAACUACUGUCAAAAACCUUUCCUCUUCAGUCCACAGGAGAACAACUGAACCAUUCGUUUCAAAAAAUAACUGAACCAUGAAAACAUCAAAAAGAUCGACGAACUGCGGUCCCCGACCAAAAUAAUCAUUGCAGAGAGAAGGAUAACCAGAGAUGUCAGCCUGUCAGACGUCUUGAUAUCAAUUUUUGCCUUGCGUUUGUGAAUACCCAUUGAUGAACCACCUGAAUCUCUCAUUCUUCAAUCUGAACACAGUUACUCUUCCUAUUCCAUUCCUUCGAAGCGGUUUGGAACUGUGGACUAUAUUCAGAAUAAGGCAGUUUUCAAGAUGUCCGCCAACAUCCCCACACGCAGCUUCUCUGAAAGAUGCAACCUGUACUGCAAAGCAUUUGUUAUUGAUCAGCCUCAUAGAUCCAAGGCUUUGACACAUUCCAAGUUGGAAUGGCAUUUCAACCAGUUUCUUCACUGCAUAGGAAUGGAUGAUUGAAUUGAAUACAGAGACUUCUCUCCCUGACAACGUAAGCUCUGCUUGAGAAAGGGGAGGAGGUUGUAUUCAGAUUCAGUACUUGUUGUAUUGUACUUGCGCUCUCGUGUGAACGAAGCGUAGUUACGGAAGCAAGCAGGGAAGGUGGAGAGCUCCGAUCAUUCAGCCGGACUUCUGGUCGCUCCUUGCCGGCAAGAUGAGGAGGCCGCGGUAGUCUUCCACUUCCAGACUAUAGUGCCGGCCAGCGCGCCGCCGUCAGCGUGAACUGGAGACGGGGAAUGACGGAUUUGAAGACGGGGAGGACGCGGCUCCGCGGUUCCGGAGGGGAGGAUGGCGGCGGCGGCCGCCGCGCGCGGGAGACGAGCGGGCGGAAGAGCCAAACCGGGUCAGGGUGCUAUUUGUAAACUUCUGGACCCGAAAUAGGGGGUUAUAUGAAAAUAAUCGGAUCGCGAUUAUUACGUAUAUUCCGAUCGCGAUUCAUAA